UUGUAUAUAUCAAAUUUUAGGACUAGGCAACAGUAGAUAUCGUAUUUAAUUAGUAUUCUAAUUUCCCAACAGGCAACCUUUUGAUUCACCUUAAAUGAGUCACCUUAGCAGAAUCUUCGGGCAGUUUAAUCAGCGAAAAGGGAUUAGUUGUUCCUACCGCUAGUAUUAUCAUUUUUUGGGGGUAGUUUUGCUUCAAAAGAAGCACUUCUCAUGCAUUUUCUUUGAGGUUAUCUAGUCGCGGAAACAAUGCCACUGACCUAACAGGGACUCAAGCCUACAUUGGGCUGUCACUGCUCCCUAAUCCUAUCCCGCAUUGACAGCGGGGCUACUCGAAGGCUUGUAGGUCGAAUGCUUUGCUUUGUGUGAUACGGGAAGCUGCUCAACGUUUUGUAGCUCUAUAUGAAAUCGACAUUGUGAUAAGGACUUUUUUUCUUCUUCCAUCUUUCCUUUCAAAAAGCGGAGUUUAUAAUUCGGCAAGUAGUGAUGAAGAAUCUACUCCCUUGGAUAGUCCUGACGUUUUGGAUAUUUUUAGAGUGUAUAGAGGCCAAGAAGUCUUGCUGGUAUUUUGAAGGUGGAUACCCCAUCUACUUUAUAUGCCGCUCGUACGAGGACUGCUGUGGCACGCGCUGCUGCGUCCGAGCCCUCUCCAUCCAGCGGCUAUGGUACUUCUGGCUGAUGCUGAUGAUGGGGGUGCUGUUCUGCUGCGGUGCAGGCUUCUUCAUCCGUAGGCGCAUGUACCCCUCGCCCCUCAGCGACGAGCCUGUCUUCAACGUCUCCUUCACCAGGCAGCCCGUAUCCACGCCAGUAUCCCAGCAACCUGGCAUGGUGGGCUACGGCGACCCUGGCGUCAUGACAUCACCCCUCACCCCCGCCUACCCCAUCCAGCUCGGCCCUGCCCACAUGAGCGCCUACCCUCCACCGCCCUCGUACUGCAACCACCCACCCCCGCCCUACGAACAGGUGUUCCGGACACCAGAGAAGAGGUAAAGGCUGCCAGUGUCUGUGGCGUCAUUGACGGAGACCAUUGGCGUCCCCUCCGUUUCUUCUCCUUCAUGGUGACCUCAUCACGAGCAGAACUGACAGGACAAGGAGAGGAGGGGACAUCUACAGUCUGUCUGCCACUGUUUUACCUUCACCAUCAGCCCAAGUGCUAGGGACAAGAUACAGACAACCACCUUUAGAGACAAAUUGCCUUCUGGGGACCUGUGCCGCAGGCGGUGGUCUUCUGGACAAAGACGGGCUGAAUUUAUCUCCGUAUCUCCACGGCUUGGAUGUCACUGUCAUUCACCCUUCCUCCAUCUUGCCCACUUUUUUCACAAAAGCAUAACUAUCCACCGCAGUCUCUUCUGCUGGCAAUGCAAUCUUGAUGGGCAUGGUCUGUGACCGUGAUAUGUACUGAGUCACAGAGUCCUGCCACAGACACCAAACUGUGGAAGUCGAUGACGAAAGCUUACCCAAGAUCAGCACAUUGCUUUUAGAUGAAUAUCGAUUCAAGUAAACAUUAGGGUUGAGAAGCUGAUCCAGGACCAAGGGCAUAAGACCAAGCACUAUCUAAACUGUACAGGAGCAAUAUCAAAUUUGAGUUGAAAGACACCUUGGAGAAGUUGAAAACAAAAGGUGUUUAAAUGGCUUAAAAGGUUCAAAGACUUUCCUACUAUGAGGCUGAAUAAUUGGGCUUCUCUCUGUAGCUGGCUGUGUUCGCCUAACACUGAGAAAAUGUUCAAUAGACUAUAAACACUUGUCAGGAUGCGUUGUGCAAAUUGUGCCCAUUUGCUGUGAAGGGAAAGGAAACCGACCUGGAUUUAUCGGACCUAUUAUGUGCACUGGAGAGAGCGGUAAUUAUGAGAGGCCGAUUUGUUUGGAAUGUUUCAUUCACAUUAUGACUAAAAUGUAAAUGUAGAAUCAAAUCAACCAGACGGACCCCCAAUUGAGACCAAGACAAGUGGUUUCAAAUUACAAUUUGUCAGUGACUGCAUGGGUACGGUGAAACCUACCACAACUCUACCUACGCAAUAUACUCUAAGCAUCCAUUUCCACUCGAAGUGAGAUGUGAUCCCCGUAGAAGUUCAGCCAUGGUUCUCAGAUCGACUUCACUUUGUACAGUAAGGAGCUCAACCACAAUGAGGAUUAACCCAAAACGAUGUUUGUUUCACACACGCAGGUCGCAACUGGAUUACAUUUUGCAUAUGGGAAGCUUUUCUGACCGAUGGCCCAUCCCAGUGAAACUGCUUACUUACGGAUUCUCAAAUUCUGUGCUGCAAUAAUCUCUAGACAAAGUAGUGGUAGUCACAAAAGCUAGCUGCACUCUUUCAGUAACCUAGUUCCUCAAACACGAUGUACCAUCUGUUCGCCAUUUAAACAUCUCCCGUUAGAAUGCUAACGAACAACUGGUUCUGCGUAGGUAGGUACAGCACUGUACAUACACCCUUACUGUGGUAAAAAUGUUUUCAUGUAUGAAUCUGAAACCUUUUUGCAUUUUGGAGAAUUAAAAAAAUGGUUUGCUUUCACAUAAACAAGCUAUCAAGCUCACAUGUAGAAUGUGCAUGUGUAGUAAAGGCCCCAUGUCCCAAUGGUUGACCAGGUCCUCAAGCUGGCACUGACCAUUUGGGUGAAGGUACGUUCUUCUGUUUACACUUAUUUGUCAGAGUGGAUCAGGCACUCAACCCCUCCACAAAGGCAAUCAUGUGGAAAUGUCCUAAGAUAGGGCGUUGACUAUUUUCUGGGCAGGAUAUGAGACAUUACCAUCUGUUAAAACAGAUCGAACUAACCACCCAGUGUUAACGAUACAACUGUCAUUGACAUGGUCCUUGUAGAUGUUAGCCGGCAAACUGGGGUACAUAGACACUAUUAGAGCAGAACCAAGGAGGGAGAUCGAAUUUAUGGUAAGUGUUACUAUUGGAUGAUGUGUAUACGUUUGGCUAAUAUGACAUGUCUCUAUUUGAUCAUUUAACUAUGCAACCAAGGUUUAAAAUGUCAUUUGUAGAGUUAGGAUGUGCUUUUACUGUUGUACCAAGACGGUUGGUUUUCGGCAUUUUACAUGACAAAAAAAAUAGAAAUGAUCCAUCCAUAUGGUUAAUAAAGUUUCCUUCCGAUAGAAGCUAGUGUUCAUUUAUUCCCUUUAAAGUUGUCCGUGACGGACUUCUCACUGUUCAGUCGUGCUUUGAGAUUGAAGGUUUUAUACUUGGAUGUCAUAUCUGUUGAAUGAAAAUAUUAUCAUCUGGGAAGGAAAACUGUUCCCCUCAGAUAAAAUGUAGACCAAAUGAAUGAGACACUGCCUAGACAUUCUUACAUAAAAUCAGCCAGAAGCCACAUUUCUCCACAACUGCAGAUAAAUACUCAAACACUGAGUCAUCCCAGAAUGUUAGCUUUGGGUGACUUAACAGUACAGAUAACUCCAGGCAAUGGCAGUCCUAACUUGGAAGUGAUAGGUGGGAGUAAUUAAUGCUUAUGUAACACUCACAUUGGCCUGAGGUGGCUUUCUAAAGAACACUAAUUGGCCAAACCCCCGUUAAGACUUCCUCCUCCUCAUAUGUUAAAUAAAGCCAUCUGUUCGGUACCUCAUUGAGAUGCACCACUUUGACUAUUGACCAAUGUUUUCCACCCCCAAAAACCAAACCGAAGCAGUCAGUCCUCUAAAGGCAGGUAAGAAUGCAUUUUAUUUAAGACAUUGUACUGUAAUCACUCGGUAAGACAGCAAUUGAAGCCCGGUUUAUUGUACAACAUUCAUAAUGUAACGCUGUUCGCCUGAGGGAAACAAU